UGUGGCUCUCGGCGGAUAAGGACCGCUAAAGCCAACCCUGCCGGAUGAGGGCCAAGAAGGUUCAGCUGCGCCGUCUGGCUGAACCUUCGCUCUUCUCCGAAAAAAACAUGCUUUGCACUAUAGGUGAGCCAUGCAGGACAAAGUCAUAGCUCUGGGAAAGGCUAUUAGGGAAAUUGAAAGAUAAUUACGUAUCAGGAUACCAAGCGUCUAAACUUCCCCUAAUGGCGAGAAGACCGUCAGCACGUCCUCUGGAACUCCGUCGGCUAAACCAUCCUCGAGCCAUUAAUACGUCACGGGCCCUCAACUUAGGUAGCAACUAUCCAGACUCCAGAGGGGGGGCAUGUUGUACCGUCAGCACUCAGCAGAUGAAACUCAAGGCGGAACCAGGCAAUUGGUACACUCCAAGUUGAGAUUUUCGACGGGAUCAAAAGAGC